GGUUAUAUUGAUAAGUAGUAAUGGACUUUUCUUCAGUUUUCUUUUCAGCAGGGUGGAUGGGGAGCGUCACUGGCCGACAAGCUGGUCAGAAAAUGUGAUGUUCUGAAUCGUGGAUUCUCAGGUUAUAAUACCAGAUGGGCCAAAAUUAUCCUUCCAAGAUUAAUCAGGAAAGGAAACAGUUUGGACAGCCCAGUAGCAGUUACAAUUUUCUUUGGGGCCAAUGACAGUGCACUAAAAGACGAGAAUCCCAAGCAGCACGUUCCUCUGGAUGAGUAUGUUGUGAAUCUAAAGAGCAUGGUGCGGUACCUGAAGUCUGUGGACAUCCCCGAGACCCGAAUCAUUCUUAUCACGCCACCCCCACUUUAUGAAGCAGACUGGGAAAGGGAGUGCCUCAUGCAAGUAGGUUGCAAACUAAAUCGCCUGAACUCGGUUGUUGGUGAAUAUGCCAAUGCGUGUUUAAAAGUGGCUCAAGACUGUGGGACUGAUGUACUUGACCUGUGGACCCUGAUGCAGAAGGACAGCCAGGAUUUCUCAUCCUACUUAUCAGAUGGAUUACAUCUAUCGCCAAAGGGAAAUGAACUCCUGUUCUCACAUCUCUGGCCUUUGAUGGAGAAGAAGGUCUCUUCUCUGCCUUUGCUGCUUCCUUACUGGCGAGAUGUAGCAGAGACAAAACCUGAAUCAAGUCUGCUGGGAGAUGGAGACCAUUAGUUAAUCACAAGAAACCCAAGACUGGCUGUUAAUUUACAGAACUUGAAGUUGCCAAUACACAGAAUCCUGAUCAAAGAAUUUUUUUUUUUCUCAAGCUUAAACCUGGGCUCAUGACCCUGGGUCAAAAACAUCUGCCACCAAUAGUAAUAAUAAAGGUAUUCACAUUUCUCAGGGAAGUUUUAUACUUAGGUACAUCAUGUUUUGACAUUAAAUAUUUAUUGAUUGAUGUAGAAAUCAUCAGUGCCACAGCUAUAAAAUAUACCCUGAGCAGUCUGUUAUUCUUAGAAAUGGCAAAAAAGGUAAAGACUAUUUUUUUUAAAAAGUCACAAUUUUAUAAAAAUGGCUUUGUUUCACUCAUACAUGCACCCACACACCCCACUCACCUUAUAUCAAAUAGUGAAAGUGUAGCUAAAAUACAAGAAUAUCAUGACUAGUUAAAAGAUAGCAAAUACCAUAAGGUACAAGUUCAAGUAUUAGUGUAACAAGUAACUGCGUAACAUCCAGAAGGAAAAAAAAGGCAUGAUUUGUCACAGGUUUGGUUAAUUGCCCUCAACGUUUACAAGUUCUCUCUUAAAAUGUAUUGGCUGGUGAGCACAUUUCAAUUCUUGGAGGAGAAAGCUUUUAACUGUAAUCUUAUGGAAAUCGGAAUUGAGGCUAAUGAUUUUUAUCCUUCACAGCGUAGAUGCAGACCAUCCAGAAUCCUGAAGCACCAAAGCAAGAAGCAAUUCAAAUGUCCACUUGUGGGUUUCUGAAGUUAACCAGUUCCUGGAGGGACAGUCCCCAGCCCAGAGGGCAGGCAGCAUUCCCUCUCCAGGCCAGCUCAUCAGCCCUCAGCCUGUUCUUUUUCUAAGAGAUAAUUCACUCUCUUAACCUCUAGUGUUUGAAAACAGGGAACCAUACUCUUUCUAAUCACAUUUUGAAGUAGUUUAGGUUUUGUGGGUAGUGAAUUUUUUAAGAGCAUGACAACAGUAUUAGGGAUCCGUGGAGACACUUACAAAACAAAAAUGGCCCAGCAAAUUGGGGCCCUAAACAGUUGGCAAAAUUGUAUAAUUCACUAUAAGCUAAAUUGUUUUUCUAGAAAGUACUAGCCUUAGAUACCUAGCCUUAGAAUAAUGAAAGGCAAUAUUAACCCAAAUGAUUUCUUAGUUUAGAUGUCUAAUACUCCCUACCGCUAAGAGCUCUGGGUAAUAACUAGAAGUAGACCCACACGUGAGAAAGAAUGUAUAACCAGGUUUAUCUCACUCCUUUGUCUCUACUUGAAGGCAAAAAUAAAUAAGUCUAUUCUGUA